AUGCUCCGCCGUGUCAUCCUCUCCAGCGUCGCCGCCCGUGGCGCGGCCCACGUGUCCCAGCAGAUGCGCUGCGUGAGCCAGACGGCGGCGCGCUUCUCCGACGAGAAGCCCGCGGGCGCGGAGGCCGCCGCCAAGCCCGAGGAGCCCGCGGCCGAGCUGACCGAGGCCGAGAAGCUGCAGAAGCAGGUGAAGGACCUGGAGGCCAAGAACAAGGACAUGAACGACCGCCUGCUGCGCGCGCUGGCCGACGCCGAGAACGUGCGCCGCAUCUCGCGCGUGGACGUGAACAACGCGCGCGAGUUCGCCAUCUCCAAGUUCGCCAAGGCGCUGCUGGACGUGUCGGACAACCUCAAGCGCGCGCACGAGAGCAUCGACAUCGAGGCGCUGCAGCCGGAGAAGCAGCUGGACGCCAUCAAGGUGCUGCACGAGGGCGUCGUCAUGACGGAGACCCAGCUGCAGAAGGUCUUCCGCGAGUUCAAGAUCAACCAGGUGGGCGCCAUCGGCGACAAGUUCGACCCCAACGUGCACGACGCGCUCUUCGAGUACGAGGACACCACCAAGGAGGCCGGCUCCAUUGGCCAGCUUAUGAAGACGGGCUAUCUGCUGAACGAGCGUGUCAUCCGCCCGGCCCAGGUGGGCGUCGUCAAGGCCCCCAAGCAGUAG